GUAAUACUUCUAAAUGUGCCCAUUUAUUCUGACUGUGCCCAGGAAUUUCUACACAACGCAAACAAGAAGCAGGAAGCAAGAGACGACAUCCAAAAGUCACUGUCUGAUAUCAGCAAAGACUGUUUGGAACUAAUCUUUGUCACCUUCUGUGAUAGAAGCGAAUCAUACAAGACGAGACGAUGGGUCGGGCUCUUGAUUCUCGAGCUUACCUCUCACUCCGACGACAAUGUAGGGCUGAUUGGAUUCAUGCCAGAAGAAAAACGCCGGAAACUUGGGUUCCAGAUCUUGUAUGAAGAAAAUGAGAUACUGAGGACCCUUUCUGGGCGGAUUUUGACGACCCUUACCAGCUCAGAUAUUAUUCCGAAAGAAUGGUUAUUUCCCGUCGAAACAGAGAAGGAGUUCAUUUCUCAAUACCCGGAGCAAGCUCCUUCAGCCUCACAAUGGGACAAAAGGUUCUCAAGUUAUCUUGAUGAUAUCUGGGACAAGAUAGCUGGCACAGAGAACAUCGGUACUAUAGAUUUUGCACAAAAUGUGGUCACUUUCCCAGAGUUUCUGAACACCAAGACCAUCCCAAUAUACCACAGGAGCAUAUACGUGGUCCUUUCGGAUUGCGUAUAUAUCCAUAUACAUUCCGAAAAGAAGGGUUUCGACACCGCCAUCGACAUUCCAUUCCAUCUGAUCUCGGAUACUCGCGUUGAGCCAACACCACUUGAUCGGAGUGUAGGGACCGAGCCCCCUGCCGAUCUUAUUUUACACAUCAACCGCAAUGGGGGGGAGCAAGCCUAUGUGAACUCAAGCCCGUCAGAACUUUCUGUCGUGCGAUUGACAUUGAGGAAUACAACACUCGCCACAGAUAUUGGCAAAGUUGUUCGACACUGUGGAGCGAAGCUUAAUAGUGAGACUGGAAGGCAAGACUCGGCUGCCGAUAAUAAAGCGAUAUCCGGCCACCGCGAUCAUUCUGAAUAUACUAAGAAAGUUUGCUUCAUUAAACCCUCCCAAAGCAACGAGGGGUUGAAUUUCAAAGGUAGCCACACAGCCAAGGCUACCAUGCGAAACAGCUUCAUGAAUGUCUCUCAAAGCGACGAGGAAUUGGCAUUCAACCGCCACAACACAGAUACCAAUCCAAAAAUUUCCAAGAAUACCAGCUUCAUUGACAACUCUCAAAGCGACGAGGACUUGAUCCUCUACGGGAAACGCACAGAUACCAAUAAAAAAGCUACCAAGCAAACUAGCUUCAGGAGAGCCUCUCAAGUUGACAAGGGAUUUGUCCUCAACAGAAACUACGAUAUCAAUACAGAAGCUACUGAAGCUCAAGGUAUCAGUGAUACCCAUGCGAACGACCAUGAUACCGAGAGUCCAUGCGAAGAAUCAUUUGCAGAUUCUUUUGUUGGUGUAGGUAUGGCCGCCCAUAGCAGCCCUAUCACCCAAGACAGAAUGCUGCCUACGAAAAAGAGACAGAAUACUAUUGACAAUGGUAGUAACCUAUAUGAUGCGAGCCCUGUAGCUUAUGACCGCCAUCCGAGGAGCUCAGUUGCAGCUGCUCUAGUUAACAGUAGACUCGGACCACAGGAGUGUCUGCUGCCAAUUCUGACUACGGUAUCCAGAAUGCAGGAGCGAAGUGACUUUGGUGGAGUAGGAAAGACAAGCAAGUCUCUUCAUCACGCGCCCACAAAGAUGAAUACAAGGACUGAAGUCAACGAAGUGUCAGGAAUGACCAUUAAUACCUCGGAUGAGUUUGGGUUGUCUAGCCCACGCAUUCACCAAAGCCCAUUGAUGGCCUUUCCUAACAAUCCGGCUGACGAUACCCUCCUACCUACACAACACGCUGGAUCCACCGACGAGCUAAUUAAAAUACCACCUGCCACCGUACGGCCAAAAAAGAAACAAGCAUUGAAGAGUAAGAAGCCAUUAGGUCUUUCAAAGAAGGCCGAUGCACCGGAGAAGGCACCGAAGCAGCAAAGUGAAAAACAAAACAAAAGCUGGAACAUAGAACCCGACUCUCCAAAAUCUACCACUCUUCCUCUGAAGAAGCCUGUGGAGGACGGCAAAGGAGCUUCUAAGAAGAGAAAGUCCGAGCUGGAUGUUCCUGACCGUACUCGCCGGGCUACUAGGCGAAAUGCCUUAUCCAUAAAGGAGACGGCAAACGAAUUCGCUGAUGGUACGGAUGAUCAGAGCGACGCCAGGCCCGGCCCAAGAAACCGCGCCAAUAAACCGUCAUCGACAAAACUAGCAAAAGUAGAACAAGUUGACGGGAAGGAGAAUUCGCGGGUCACCGCUGUGGUCGUUACGAAGCCUAAAAAGGGCAGAAAGAAACCCCUGCUCAGGCCAAAGGCAGCACUUAAGGUCAAAGAGUCUGUACCAAAUGACAUAGAAAUGUCCCAUGCUGAUACAGGGGGUCAACACGUGGAGUCGGACGGAGGUAAGCACAUGGAAUCGAAUAUAUUUGAUCCUCUACGGCGACAUGAAAGCUUUUUUGAAGAGGCAUUUCAUGAUUAUGAACCGCCUUUUACUCCUAUGCCACCAGUGCCUGCAGUAUCGAAAAUGGCCAGCAAAAUGGCGGAUAUAUUUGGCUCCGUGGGCGAGUCUUCUGAACCACAACGUAAGGCCCGGGUGUAUGGGAAAUCUGCCCAGAAAGCAACCCGUGCACCUCAAAAACAGUCGAAAUCCAAAGCAAAAGUCAGCUUAAAAGGGAAGGAGAGGGAUAAAGUGGUUCCACUGCCUGAAGCGGAGUCAUUGCCUGAGCAGCGUCAACAAAAGACAAGCCCAGUAACUACUGGAAAAUCGCCUGCAACCACACUCGGGAGGGCAGUCGAAAUGAUCUGCAUCAGCAGUGAUGAAGAAGGUGAAGAUUCUGGAGAUAUUGAGCGCCACCAGCCACCGGCAAUUGCGCAAGCUGCAAUGACAAAACUAGAUGAAAAGAGUACAUCAGCUACAGCAGCCAAAAUUGAAAGCUCUAUCCCUGCGUUCCUCGAAGCACCCAGCGACCUAUCUCCCGAGGACCAGUCAACUCCAGCAAUGGCGCAUCUCCCCCAUCCAGUUGCUCCUGCAGCAGUGGCCCCGACCAAGCUACGAAAUUCCUCUGCCCAUCUCGUCGACGAUCAUUUGUCUCGCAAAACCCCAAUUGUGGCCUUUGGUAGAAAGGGUCCCAAGAAUAAGGGUGUCUCUAGCGCGCUGAAGCCGAAGCCUGUUGAGAAUCCGAGCUCUAAAACGGACAUGGCAAAGCUCAUAAAUGCAGUAGCGCUUGGUCAAUCAAGAAAACGGCCAAGUCCAGAGCCUACAUCACAUCUGGAAGCUUCCCCUCCGAAAAGAGUUAAAAAGGUGGAGGUUGCCUCCAAUAAGGCUGUAGAUGAUGAUGCUUGCAACGACGAUAUAACUAUGCUACCUCACCGGUUGAAGUCAAGCACCCCAUUUGCUACGCAGCAAGACAGCCCCAUAUGUAGCUCUCAAUCCCGUGUAGACGAGAAUGGGAGCCCUCAUGCGAGACCUACGGUCAAGGAAACAGCAAACGUGGCGCAAAUUAGAAGAAGAACGCUUUCUAUUGCGAGGAAAAUGCCCCACACCAGUCAAAACAAGGACAUCCUGACUGAAAAGGGACCCUUCGACGACCACGAUGAUGAGUCAACUAUGUUACAGAACUUUGAUGACCCCUCCCCGAACCGGAAGUCACAACUUUUUGGUCGACAAAAGGAGGCUCCCGUCAACCCACGGUAUUUAUUGUCUAGGCCAACCACGGCUGGGAAGAAUUUGGAAGUCAUUCCAGAGACAGAUCACGCCACCACUGUCAACUCCGUGAACCCCUUUGAGGAAAGGGAGCCAAGGCAGUUGAGCAAUUUUGCGAGGCGCCUCAAAGAAGAACAACCGGCCAGAUCGAAGGUUACGAUAACGACCAAAUCUCAACCCCAGCCUCUGUUGAAGGCAGCUAAUGCUCAACCACGAAAACGUUCCUUUAUAUUUGAGCCCGAAGUGGCGGAUCAUGACCCAGAGAAGACCCUGGUGGAAGCUGAAAAUCGAUACCAAUGGAGACGCGCAAGGUCCAGUAGUAUCGAUAGCAAUGCAAGCUCUUCUGAUGAUAAAGCAUCAGUUACUACAGCAACUGAGGAGGAAAAACUCGCCCCUGAGAUGGCGUGGAGGAAAAAAUUUCAGUCACCUUAUAGGAACUUGACUGAUACUCUCAUCUGCAUGGUCCGCACGCUUGUUGAGAAUUUGGUCGACAAGGAAACAGCUAUUGGCGACAUUGUAGAGGAAUACACGAGGAAUGGGACGAAGCUGGUCGAAGAACUUGAACGUGAGGCGAGCGCCGAUAGACGUAAGCUCGAAUCGCAGUUUUCGAACACGAUGCAGCAAGUUACACGCAGCUUUAAGCAGACAAGAGAUGCCACUAUUGCUCUGAACUCGAAGUGGGAAGAUCUUGAUGACCUUGAAGCGCAGUGGCGGAAGAGACAGCAUAUGUUGCAGAAGUUCAUGAAUGAGAGGAAAGGAUGGGUGGAGGAUGGGACGUGGAAGAACAAGAUUAAAAAUUAAUGCUGUAGUAUUGCUUGUUGGCUGGAAUUGGUUUGGUCUUGGGGGGUUUGCUCAACGUCUUGCUCAAAACAUGUAUCACAAUAUCAUCGACAACGUGGCUUUCAAACGGGCUAUAUGGAAUAACUUAUAAAAAAAAG